AAUGAAUGUUAAUCCGGUCAAUCUAGCAUUGGAAGAAGUUUUCAUCUUCCACCUCUCAGGAUUGAUACAAUUUGUCUUGUUUUUCAAAUUGACUUACUAUUGGCCGAGAUUCGUUGAAGAAUGGGAAAAAGUAGAAGUCAAUAUGAGAAAGUACCAGGUGUUUACAAAUCUACGCCUGAAACUGAACCUGAUGACUUCAUGUUUCAUGUUUUACGCAAUAGUUGAACACAGUUUAGUAAGUGCUUACAAAUUGAAAAAGUGGAUCGACAGCAGUCAGAACACUUCUGAGGCUUUACAAAAUUACUUCGUAGAGACUUAUGACCACGUAUUCACAUACGUAAAUUAUUCACUAUGGAUUGGACUGGCGUUACAAUAUUUUAAUUUACAGAGAACCUUCAAUUGGAGUUUCGCCGAUGUUACUAUCAUGCUCAUUGGAACAGCUUUAACUUUUAGAUUGAAGCAAAUGUCAAGGAGGAUAGAACGGAUUUCUACGUUGAAGGUGAAUAACAUCAACCAAUGGAAAGUUGUAAGAAAAGACUAUAUUCGUCUAACCGAAUUGUGUUAUGAAGUCAAUACCAGACUAUCUACCAUAAUAAUGAUAAGUUUUUUGACUAACAUGUAUUUCGUUUUACUGCAAAUCUUCCUGAGUAUGAAUCCAAUGGAAAAUUUGGUGCAGAAAAUAUACUUCUAUUUGUCUUUUGGGCUGAUAUUAAUCAGAAUAGUGGGACUAUGCGUUUUUGGCGGAGCAGUUUACGAAGAAUGGAGAAACUUGGGGUUCCUAUUGAAUUGUGUUGUUACAACUACAUACAACCAAGAGGUGGAGAGAAUGGCAUGUCACGUUAUUUCGUGGGAACUGUCUCUGUCUGGAAAAAACUUUUUCCAUAUUUCAAGAAGCCUUAUUCUCAAGAUUGCUGGAGCAGUUGUUACGUAUGAGUUAGUACUCAUCCAAUUUUAUAGGAAUGCUCAGUAUAAUAGCAUGUAGAAGCCUCCUGAAUAAUGUACUGAUUGAUUUUAUCAUAUAUUUGUUUUUAUGAAUAAAGUAUGCAUACCCA